AUGCAGUCGAACGAGCACACGAGCGAUCGGCCGGCGACGAUGCGUUGGGAUGUGGGCAAUUUGGAAGAAGCGAGCGCGGCGCGAGCCGUCGUGCUCGCGGACGAAAGCGGCGGGUCGUGGUUCGAGAAGCUCGCGGCCGUGGCGAAUCAAAUCGGUAUCGGAAAAGAGAUCACGCGCGAUAAGUUGGCUGUGAGCGCGACGUAUUUGCGUUGGAUAAGCACCGGGACGAUCAAGUGCGUGGAGAGUGGAGGUCAUCGUCGUCCAAACGGACCGGCGAUGGUGGGUCGGGGGAUAUUUAUAAGUAUGGAGCAGGUGCAGGGCGCGAUGUAUCGUCACGGAACGGAUUUGGGCGAAGUUGAGCGCGUUGUUAUGCGUCAAGUCCACCCUUGGCUACCUUCGUUCAACGAAGAGUUCACGAACGCCGUGCCGCUGACGCGAAUUCGGGACAUAGCGCACAGAAACGACAUUCCGGAGGAUUUGAAGAAAACCAUCAAACACACGAUUCAGAACAAGCUGCAUCGGAACGCUGGGCCAGAGGAUUUAAUCGCAACCGAAGUUGUGUUAGAACGAAUCACCGCGCGUGAGGGCGAGUACUCUGAAGACUUCGUUCGCGAGUUUCGCGAGUUCCACAGAGAACUCAAACGUUUCUUCAACGCCACCGGCGUGUUUGAGCGUCUCGAUAGCCUUAGGGGGACUUUAGACGAGGAAACGGAACCGCUCAUCGGCGAACUUAGCGAACUGCAACACUCGCUCAACAAUCUCAACGACGGCUGGCUCAAUCAUGAAGGUGCAACGCUGCGUCACACGCUAGACGUCUGCACACGGCUACGAUCGUACUUUUGCGCCGGUCUCAGCACGGGGAUGCGAAACGACGCUCCGGAUGAUUCCGUGCGACAACGGCACGCCUGGCGACAGGUAGAAAUGUCGCUGGAGGAGUACGCGUUUGUGUUAUUAGCGCGCUGCAAUAAUCUCAUGGAGCGAGAGAAGUCAGACAACAUGCAGCACGCGGCGAACGUUUCUGCGCUCGCUUUGAAACACAUCGGUCUUUCGGGAUGGAAGUCCCUCGAGACUGGAAUCAUCGCACGUGAGCUCAUGUCUUGGACUACGAGCACACCCGCGAUCGAGGACGGAAAUGCGGCCCUUCGCUUGAAGGCAACGCUACAACGCGCAAGGCGACUCAUCGAAUCGCAAACGAGAGCCGUCAUGAGUGGUUUCGGCGACGCUCCCGCACAACUUGCCGACGCAUUUGGUCUGGAACACCACGUCGGCGCGACAUUUGUCGAGUCUGUCAUUCGUGCGAGCGUGGCUUUCCAACUCUCUAGAACGAUCGAGAUGAUGUCGGAGGUGGUUGAACGCAAUGUUGACGGGGACGGGUUCGAUCCGAUCGUCCCCGGAGACGCGCAAGGCGUGCUCGUACUUUUGGACCGUUUGAAUCCAGAGAGCGUUCAAGUGCACGGAGACAAGGACAUCAUAGCGUUUGUCUCCGAGGUCGAUGGAGAUGAAGAGAUUUCGUCGGCGGGAAGCAAUGUGAAGGGAGUCAUCUUGCGCGACGAGUUGGCACAUUUGUCACACCUCGCAAUUCGAGCGAGGCAAGAGCGCACGCCCCUCGUUAGCGCACUAAGUGGGGAAGCUCGAUCUAAAGUGAGCACGCGCGUGGGAAAAGACACCGUUUUGAACGUGUCUUCAUUACAUACCGAGUUGCGCGAUUUCGAUGGAACGCGCGAUUCGCGGGAAUCCGGUCAUGCGGUGUCGCACGCGGCCGUGUCGCCAACGGCGUGCGCUAUGGUGAACGUGAUGACGUGUCUGCCCUUGGCGGAAGCCACGAUCUCAAACGCUGGCGCGAAAUCGUCGACGUGCAGUCGCUUGGCGAUCAUCGCUCGCGAUAGUGCGGCGUUUAAAGCGCCCUCGGGAUUCGUCGUGCCUUUCGGAUCCAUGGAAGCGUCGAUUCGCGACGAAGAGCGAUUUGGUCAACUUUUGCUCGCUCUCGAAAGCGUCAGCGUGCACGACAUCGACGACGCGUGCUCGGCGAUCCAAAGUUUUAUCGUCGAAAACCUACCAGAGCGCGAGAUCGUCGAGAGGGCGUGCUCGGCAUUAGACGCGAGCGCUCGCCUGGUCGUGCGAUCGAGCGCAAACGUGGAAGAUUUAAGCGGCAUGUCCGCGGCCGGACUGUACGAAAGUGUCGUGGGCAUCGAUGCACAAAACGUCACCGAAGUACAACGUGCUAUUGCUGACGUCUGGGCGUCGCUGUACUCGCGUCGCGCCGUGCUCGCGCGCCGCGCCGCAGGCGUAAAACAAUCCGAAGCGCGCAUGGCGGUGCUGGCGCAGGAACUGUCGCCGAACGCGCUCUCAUUCGUCCUUCACACACAAAGCCCGAUUCGAGGCGCAAAAUCUGUACAAGCUGAGGUGUGUGUCGGUUUAGGUGAAACACUCGCGAGCGGUAUCGACGGCACGCCUUGGCGUUUUGAGAUCGACCGCGCCACCGGCGCCGUGGAUGUGCUCGCGUACGCCAAUCACGCGUCUUCGCUGCGAUGCAGGUACGGCGCACCGACGUUUGGCAAAGUGACGAUGGAAUCAGUGGACUACUCACGACAAGAACUCAGCACGAACGCAGACGCGAGAGCGCGUCUCGGACGACGGCUUUUGAAGGCGGCGAUUGAACUCGAAACCGCGCUCGGCGCGGCGCAAGACGUUGAAGGCGGCGUGCUCGGCGACGACGAAGCCGUAAUAAUCGUGCAGUCGCGCCCGCAACCAAUUUAG